UCACCACUUUGGGCUGAGAUCCAUCUCCAGUCAGGUGUCCAACGGGAGCAGAGCCGAGGUGACUCGGGACCAGGGAAUGGGCAGCUGACCAGUUCGGAGCCACGUCAGGUCCAGCAGCUGGUGGAAACCGGGACACCAAGCACCCAGCCAACAAAAGAUGUCUGACUCUGAGACAGCCGUCCCGAGGAAACCCUCACUGAGCGACGCCCAGGUGGUGGAGUUGGUCGGACGGUUGUACAGCCUGGAGGUCUCAGAGGUUCAACCGAUGCCCAGUUACAGGGACCAGAACUUCCGUGUCCUGGUACCUGAGCCCCAGGGGAGUGGGGAUCACACGAAGAGCUACGUCCUCAAAGUGCUGAACGCGGUCGACAGCCAAGACGCAGAUUUGGCGGAAGCGCAAACGCAAGUCAUGAUGUUCUUGAACCAGAAAGGUUUUCCCUCCUCCACACCCAUCCCAACCACUGACGGAAGGAUUAUGUCACUGGAGACAAUCAGUUGUGGCCAGGAAUAUAAGACCCACAUAGUCCGCUUGCUGACCUACUUACCAGGAACUCCACUGCAGAAAAUCCCUGCAGACCCACAGACCUUGUACAAAGUCGGGCGAACUCUUGCUCAGAUUAACAAGGUUCUGAAAGAAUUCCAGCACCCCACCCUGAGGAGCCUGCAGCGAGAUUCUUUCAUCUGGAAUGUUUCAAAUAUUGACCAGCUGAAGAAGUACCUGUAUGCAGUGAGGGAUGACAGUGAUCGCCAAGCUGUGGAGCAAAUUAUCCAGCAAACUAUGGAGAAUGUACUUCCAAAUACCAGCAACUUUCGUGAAAGUGUUAAUCACGGAGACUUCAGUCACACCAACGUUUUAGUGCAGCCUCUUCUUUCAUCAGCUGAUCGCUCUAACCCAGGCCACCGGCAGCAGGAGUUGGACAUUUCUGGUAUCCUGGACUUCGGUAACAUGAGCUGUGGUUACUAUGUGUGUGAUGUGGCCAUAUGUAUAAUGUACAUGAUGCUGGAGAACAGUGAUCCCAUGCGUGUUGGGGGCCACGUUCUCACGGGCUUCGAGAGUGUGAUCCCUUUAUCUCGCCAGGAGAGGGAUGCCUUGUACUUGCUGGUUCUUUGCAGGUUUUCUCAGUCGCUGGUUUUAGCACAGUACGCUGUUCAGCUUUACCCAGACAAUGAAGAGUACCUUCUCACCACAUCAAGAACUGGCUGGAAGCUUUUGCACCAACUCUGGCAGCUGGGUAAAGAAGCAGUGGAGAAGGUUUGGUUUGAGACGGCCGAGUCCUACCUCACUCUGUGACACCCCCCCUGGUUCUGAGGAGACCCAGGCAUGACAGCCUCUUGAAGGAUGCCCACGUAUUUAAGAGAAACAUCACUAAAAUACAAUCAGGGCAACACAUCCACCUCCUGAAAUUAUAUCACUGCUCUGUUAGUAAAAUUUAGACUGGUUUUCAAACCAUCAGGUCUGCCUUUCUGUCACUUUAGAAACUGCAACUGAUUUAACAGGCCAACCUGUCUACAGUCACUCACUCCAGAAUCUGCCUUGCCCAAACCUGAAUUGGUGUAUCCAGCCACCGUGAGGUGGGACACUUGGUGAAUGGUCUCACUGACCUCCGAGUCUGAUUGUCCUGCAGAUACCGGAGACCAGUUCACAGCAUUAGUCUCUAAAUCACAUACAAUUGCUAAGUACAUAAUGGGUGAUCUUUCCAGCAGGUUUGGGUUUGUAGAAAUUCUACCAAAACUCCUCGGGACAUUGAUUUCUGGUGAUUUUGGACUGAGUUACUUAUACUGUGGGUAGCUGAAUUGUCACCCAAGGAUCUGCAGUGAAAUGCUCUCUGAGGACUAAUUAGCACAAGAUGAUCAUACUGUGCAGUAGUUAGGGGAGAUUCUUCUCCUUGAUAGUCUGUUUCCCGAAGAUUUUCCUUCCUGGAGUAACUUCAGAUUUCAUUUGUCUCCUAUUUCAGCUCCACCUGGCGCCUCUUGUCAUUCAGCAGCCUUUGCCGAUCUCUCCCAAGGAGCCCCACCCCCCACUUCCAUCAUCAGUCCUGCUCCCCUCCAUCCAUCCCCGCUUCGCAGCUUCAAACUCCUUAACUUUUCCCAGUUCCAGUGAAAGAUCAUCGACAUGAAAUGUUAACUCUCUUUUCCACUGUGGUAUUUCCAGCAUUUUAAAAUUUUUAUUUCUUUUUAUAUCAUCCAGUUAUGGACAGAUAUGGUGCUGGGGCGGAUAUGGUGCUGGGAUGGAUAUGGUGCUGGGGCGGAUAUGGUGCUGGGGCGGAUAUGGUGCUGGGACGGAUAUGGUGCUGGGGCGGAUAUGGUGCUGGGAUGGAUAUGGUGCUGGGGCGGAUAUGGUGCUGGGGCGGAUAUGGUGCUGGGACGGAUAUGGUGCUGGGGCGGAUAUGGUGCUGGGACGGAUAUGGUGCUGGGAUGGAUAUGGUGCUGGGGCGGAUAUGGUGCUGGGACGGAUAUGGUGCUGGGAUGGAUAUGGUGCUGGGGCGGAUAUGAUAUGGACAAAGAUCAUGAUAUAGAACAAUACAGCACAAUACAGGCCCUUCAGCCCACCAUGUUAUGCUGACCUUUAAACCACGCCUAAGGCUAUCUAACCCCUUCCUCCCACAUAUCCCCCUAUUUUAAAUUCCUCCAUAUGCUUAUCUAACAAUCUCUUGAAUUUGACCAACAUACCUGCCUCCACCACCACCCUGGAUAUGGAUGGAUAGGAUGAGACGGCACUCCUGGUGCUACCACCCAAAACCCUGAAAGACAUGGAAAUAUAAUCAUUCUAAAACAUGAGUUGUGUAUACAUUUUAUGUUGUAAUUUCUGUACCCAGGAUGAUUAAAAUGUGAUCAACAAUGUUCAGUUAUUGAAAGUCCUGUUUCCUUUCCCUUGAGAUUACAGUG